AUGAAAAAUAACUGUCCUGAUGUUAUCGCAAGUGGUGUCUUGGGAAUGCUCAUAUUUACGACCGACUUUUUGUUGUUGAAAAUUUUCCUUGCAUAUUUUACAACAAAUAUUGAUGUUCUGGUGAUGGAAAUGGAUGCUCAUGAAUAUGAAAUCAAAAGCGACUUAGUUCAAAUGUGGAAAGAGAUUGUUGAGAAAGGUUAUCUCUUGAACAAAGGUUAA